CAAGCAAACUACUCUUUUUUUUCUACACUUGACCAGCCUCAUUCGUCGCGCACGCCCACUGACAGUUCUAAGAAGUUAUAUCAUGAUUUCAAGAGCACUCGGGUCAUAGAAGGACAUCGAUACAUCUCUCUCUCUCUCUCUCUCUUCAGGAUGUGGAUUCCCAUGCUGAGUUUGACUGCCCUGCCUCACAUUGGUGGGAUAUUUGGGGGUCUUAUAACAAGGAAGGAGGUGAAGACAUGGUACACUACGCUCAACAAACCUUCAUGGAGGCCACCUAAUGCUGCUUUUCCAGUGGUGUGGACCACUCUCUACACUGGCAUGGGAUAUGGUUCAUACCUUGUGUGGAAAGAGCUUGGAGGCUUCACACAGGAUGCACUAGUGCCACUGGGGCUCUAUGGGUUGCAGUUGGCACUUAACUGGGCAUGGACCCCCAUCUUCUUUGGAGCACACAACAUUAAACUGGCAAUGAUAGAGAUAGUGAUGCUCACUGGCACAGUCACAGCCACCAUGGUGACUUGGUAUCCCAUCAGCCGCACUGCAACACUGCUCAUGGCGCCAUAUAUGGCCUGGCUCUGCCUUGCUACCAGCCUCAACUACUGCAUCUGGAGAGACAAUCCAGAUCCAAAAAAAGACUAAAGAGGCCAAUAAAAACAAACACCAUUCUAACUAACACAACAGACUAGUUUUUCUUUAAUCCACUAUGAAAAAAUGCAAUCAUGAUUUCAAACUUUGCCAUUUUGCAGUUACUGAUUAGUAAUUAUCAAGAAUGAAAGAAAUCUUUAGU